GCUCCCGACUCGGACUUGGGGUUCUGGGCUCGGUGGCGUGGCCCCAGCAGGUUGGGAGGCCCGGCGGGCGGGCGGGCGGCGGCGCCCAGCGCCCCUCGCCAGGCCCGCUAUGCAGAGCCCUGCCGGGAACUCGAGCCACUCACUGACGGGAGGGCCGCCCUCCACAGUCGCGUCCGGAGCGGGCCGCUGCGAGAGCGGCGCGCUCAUGCACAGUUUCGGCAUCUUCCUGCAGGGGCUGCUCGGCGUCGUGGCCUUCAGCACGUUGAUGCUCAAACGCUUCAGAGAACCAAAGCAUGAAAGACGACCAUGGAGGAUAUGGUUUUUAGACACUUCCAAACAAGCCAUAGGAAUGCUAUUCAUCCAUUUUGCAAAUGUAUACCUAGCAGAUCUCAACGAAGAGGACCCUUGUUCACUGUACCUCAUCAACUUCCUCCUGGAUGCCACCGUGGGCAUGCUCCUCAUCUACGUGGGCGUGCGCGCCGUCAGCGUCCUGGUGGAGUGGCAGCAGUGGGAGUCCCUGCGUUUUGGCGAAUACGGAGACCCUCUGCAGUGUGGAGCCUGGGUUGGACAAUGUGCCCUUUACAUCGUGAUCAUGAUUUUUGAAAAAUCUGUCGUUUUCAUCGUCCUCCUAAUACUUCAGUGGAAGAAGGUGGCCCUGUUGAAUCCCAUUGAAAACCCAGACUUGAAGCUGGCCAUCGUCAUGCUGAUCGUCCCCUUCUUUGUCAAUGCUCUGAUGUUUUGGGUAGUGGACAAUUUCCUCAUGAGAAAGGGAAGGACGAAAGCUAAGCUAGAAGAAAGAGGAGCCAACCAGGACUCGAGGAACGGGAGCAAGGUCCGCUACCGAAGGGCCGCAUCCCAUGAGGAGUCAGAGUCUGAGAUCCUGAUCUCAGCCGAUGACGAGAUGGAGGAGUCGGACGUGGAGGAGGACCUCCGGAGACUGACACCCCUGAAGCCUGCGAAGAAAAAGAAGCACCGCUUCGGGCUGCCUGUAUGAUGCAUUCCCAAGCCAGGAUCGGGUGGGGGCCCGCGGCCGGCCACCGGUCAGCCGAGGGUCGCUCGGCCGCGUCUUCCCUCCCCUCCUCUCUCUGCCCCUCUUCUACCUCCGCUCCUCCCGCGGCCUUGGCCGCUCCCAGAUACUGUGACGCAGGGAGGGGGGCCGCCGGCUACGCGUGGCAGCUGGAGGUCCCCUCUCAGUUGCACUACAAACACUGACCAAAUAUGCAAGCGAGGCGUUCUGUUUGUGUGUUGUCGUCCCGGUGGUGUUGCGAGGGACCCGGAAGCCCUGUCCCGCGUCCGGCCGUGUGGCCUUGAGGCUGAGGACUUACCUGCACGUGGACCGUGGGUGGAGCUUCUCGUCAGGGCUUCAGCAGGGAGUGUGAAGACGGAAAAUGUUUGGGGGCUGAGUUACUCAUUGACCAAGUUGAAGCCGUGACGCUUUCUUACUCGAAAUGGCUUUUGUAACUAUUGAUUUCUAUGGCUGGUUUUAUGAGCUGUCACAGUGUUAAUGUUUUUUGAGUAUGUGUUUAUUUCCUAUGGGACUAAUGGGCAAAACAUAGAUUUUUAAGUCUUCCGUAUGCUGUUGACUUUUAUAUGUUUAAGUUAUAUUUUCAUACUAUUGUAUUUAAAAGCUCUUUUUUACCCCCAAA